CAUACCUCUAUGACAUUCUGUACCCAAUAAUCGCGAUUCGGCACUGUCGGACACGCUGGAUCAGUUUUGUGACGACUAAAUACCUUCCGAACGAGCUUCUCCGCAUCCAUCGGAUCUAGCCCUUUAACUCCACCUCUCCCUCUUCUCAACUGGUGCUGCGACGCAACCUCGACAUGAGCCAGCCGGCUCACAAGAGACGCAAAGUCCCCCGCAAAGGCACUCACAGCUGCUGGGAGUGUCGCAGGCGGAAAGUCAAGUGUCUCUUCCGUAACCCGGACGAUCCGACCUGCAUCAAGUGUAUCGAGCGCGAAUCAGCUUGCAUUUCGCAAAGGCUCUCCGUUGAUGAUGCCAUUUCUCAGGCUUCAUCAGGCCAGACAGAUACUGUGUCCUCAGGAAACGUCUACUGCCCGCCCGUGUCGACUCGAGAUCUUCUCGAGUGCUCAGCUGCGACGCACGCUCACGAUAUCGCCGCUGCUGCGAACGGCGCCGAAGGUGUCAUCACGCCCGAGCAGUCGCCUCAGUCUGGCUUACACGGCGCAUCAUCUGCGGAAGCCAACUUCGACCACCCGUAUUUCGCCGCGCAUCAAAAGAGCGCCCACGAGCGACAUGAUCAGAUUUCGCAACGCUUGUAUGCGCUCCUCCCGCCUUCUGAUCUGCGCAGCCUUCUAGCACAUGAGAGCCCCGGUGCCUCUUUUGUGCUCGCUUUCGCCCACAGUCGUGAUGAUCAAAUCGCAGGCCGCGUGCUGCCGAACUGGUCGUUGGCAUCCUCCAGCUGGCCAUCGCCGGACACCCACCCUGUGCUCAUGGCCAAACGCCUUUUACAAUACGCCAUUUGCCUGCAGUCCCUGCCGCCCAGCUUUGACGCCACUCGCCUGAAGACCACUCCCGAGGAGAAAGCCUGCGAGCUGGCUGGGAGGUGGGUUGGGGCCGUUACAUCCCUCGUCUCGAAUGACGACGAGCUUGUGUCCUGUGCCGAGGGCAUAGAAACGUUGGCUCUUCUUAGCAUGUUUCAAGCGGAUGCGGGACAUAUGCGAAGGGCGUGGACGACGGUCCGCCGGGGCCUGAACUUCUGUCAGCUCAUGGGUAUCGACAAGCCGUCAACGCGACAGCUCGUUCGGUCGUGUGCGAGCUCCAAAGACCCUGCGACAAGGCCAUCUCUUCCCGUUUUGUGGCUCCGCCUCAACUGUAGUGAUCGUUACCACUCGCUGAUCCUUGGGCUCCCGGUUGGUUCCCAUAAGGAUACCUUUGCACGCGUCGACGUGGUGCCUUGCGGUGGCCCGCUCGACAGGCUGGAUAUGGAGCAUGCUGUCAUUUGCCGGAAGAUUGCCGACCGGAAUGACCUUUUGUCUGGAUCGCCCGAAGCUCACUCCCUCACGCAAAGUAUUCACGACGAUCUCGAACGCGCCUCAGGCAUAUUGGAUGAUCAUUGGUGGGCGAUCCCGGCCUCUUCCCCCGGAACGGCUUGGGAUACAGUCUCGCCUACGGGGUCGCCAGCGCACUUCCUAGCCGCGCGUAGUGCCAUCAAGCUCCAGGUUCAGCACUUUACACUGCUCAUACUGCUCCAUCUUCCCUAUCUGCUACAAAAGAACGAGGGCCAACGGCAUGUAGCAAGCCAGGAAGCUUGCAUACACGCUAGUAGGGCCGUGUUGGAACGAUUUUUGGCUUAUCGAAAGAACAACGCCAUGAUCAUAUCGGGAAGACACAUCGACUAUUCCGCUCUCAUUGCAGGAAUGACGCUGCCACUGGGCUAUCUAGAGAAAAGCCUUGAGAAUUCUUCAGCGAUGGCAUCGGAUAGAGUGCUCCUAGAAAGGGCAAUACUUAUCUUUCGGGACAUGACAUCUUGCAAAAACGACCGACUUGCGGUUGAGUCUGCCGACACGCUACACCAGCUGCUCCCUAUCAUGGCGGAUGCUCCUCAGGGAAGGGGCCAAGAACCUCUCAGACUCAAGGUUCCGUUCCUCGGCACUGUCACAAUUCAAAACAGGCCACUCGGUUUGAACAGUGCUGCACAGAUUCCGCAACUGGAAGCCGGCACCGCUGGGUUUAGUCUUGAUGACUUUGACUUCGAUCCCCAGCUGUCUCUCACUCUAGAUUCGGAGCUUCUUGGCAUGGAGAGCUCAGAGCUUUUUGGGGUAGGAACUGCUGACCAGUCUUUCCUUACCCCUGCGUCUUCAAAUGUAGAUUUUGAGAACGGUGUGUUUCAAGGCAUUGACAAAGUAUACUGGUCUAUGCUGGAUCAGGCUGUGAAUGGGGUCGCCGAGACGCAAGGCGAUAGCGUGUCGGGCAGCUGAAUUGGAGAAGCAUGUAGAAUUCUACUUAGUUUCUUGUAAGAUCGCGGGCGGAAUGCAAACGUUCUGUUCUCAAGAUCAAUGGUCAAGGGCAUUUGUUCGAAUCAUGUCUGCUAGAGUCUCGGCUACGCAUCAAGCUCAAUAGCCAUUUGGGGACCAUGAACUACAGGAGGAGGCAUGUCAUAUCGUUACCAUAACGGACAAGGAAUAAAAAGUACCAUCCGACUUUGUCGCAGACUGGUUAGUCCAGCUCACAGAGUUGUCUGGUAAUUGGCCUCUGAACUUUCGACAACGCUUAAGUAGCC